AAGCAACCGACUUGCAUAUCGCCAAGAGGUGGGUCCGUGUGGCUGGUGGGAGCUUCCCCUCCAUGAAGCUGUGGCUACAACCUUGCAGGCCCCGCCAAACCUCAAUCAGCCACACAAUCAAUUUUCUUAGGGCAGGUCGGCAAAACCCACAACUGCGAUUUUUGAUUUCGUCGUCUUGAUACUUGGCCCGGCCGCACUCACCACGAACACACCCAAGUCCGUCGUCAGAUAACCAGCCGACACCAUGCCUCCCAAGGUCGACCCCAACGAGAUCAAGGUGAUCACCCUCCGUGCCACCGGUGGUGAGGUCGGUGCCUCUUCGGCUCUUGCCCCCAAGAUCGGUCCUCUUGGUCUUUCGCCCAAGAAGGUCGGUGAAGAUAUCGCGAAGGCUACUGGCGACUGGAAGGGUCUCCGUGUGACCGUCAAGCUCACCAUCCAGAACCGUCAAGCCGCCGUUUCCGUCGUCCCAACCGCCUCUUCCCUCAUCAUCCGCGCCCUCAAGGAGCCCCCCCGUGACCGCAAGAAGGAGAAGAACAUCAAGCACAACAAGUCCAUCACCCUCGAUGAGGUUAUCGAGAUUGCGAGGACGAUGAAGUUCAAGUCCUUCUCCAAGUCCCUCGAGGGCUGCGUUAAGGAGAUCCUCGGCACUGCUUUCAGUGUUGGCUGCCAGGUUGACGGCAAGAGCCCCAAGGCCAUCAGCGACGCUAUCGCCAACGGCGAGAUUGACAUUCCUGAGGAAUAAGCGCGUCGUUUACGAUAAAAAAUAUGGUCGGAUUGGGAUUCUCUUGGCAUGUGAUUAGGAGUUCAGGGCUUGCUUUACAUCAGGCUUGCCAGACUACGGCAAAUCAAAUCAAAAGAAGAUGAUUCGUGGCCGAGCAUGGUCUUGCCAGUACAUAUGUUUUGGCUUUCCGGGGAUAGGUGCGAAUUGCUUUGCUGCUUUUUGGGACGGGGGAAAUUACGACACACAGAGGACCUUUUUUCCAAAGGAGUUGUUGAGCCCUUUAAUGGGUGAACCGCGCCUAUCCCGUGUUCCUUUUUUGCCGCUCCCUGAUGAAACAGUUCGCCCCGAGAUACCCAUACCUAUACCAAAUAACACACCAAGAUGAAGAAGAAACCAGACCC